UGGCGACAUACCAAGAAAGUUUGUUAGAAAGACAACUAAGGCAGCUAUCCAUAGUGAUUUGCAGAUAGUAUUGAUCAGAUUAAGACGUUUUUGGCAAUAUUUUCAAAAAUGGAAUUCGAUUUUAAUAUAAAUCUUCUGUUGGGAGAUGUCAUUUCAAAACUUGAUAACCGCGUAAUGCCCCAAAGACACCCAAAUAACAGUAUUAUGCGUGAACUAAGAAGAAAUUUACUCCUUGUCAUUGACAAAAUGGGCGAAGCAUCAUCAAAGGCACAAGGUCUGUACACUAUUAUUACUGGAGGCCGCAAGCUAGAACUAUCGGAACAUCUUCUGUACAUCAUGAAGGAUGCAGGUGCUAACAAUGGUAAGGGUGCAGUGAUUGGCAUUCUAAAAGUGGGUCACAAGAAACUGUUUGUGUAUGAUAAAAAUGGUGUCCAGCAUGAAAUGCAGCCUCAUUGUGUUCUUGAUUUCUACGUCCAUGAAUCGCGGCAGAGAAUGGGGUGUGGAAAACAACUCUUUGAGUUUAUGUUAAAGGACAGGAAUGUAAACCCACUGCAUCUUGCUGUUGACAAACCAUCUCACAAGUUUUUAUCCUUCCUCGCCAAGCACUACAACCUGAGAACGGAAAUACCACAGAUGAACAAUUUUGUUGUGUAUGAUGGAUUCUUCUCACAGAAACUAGGCAUGAACAAUAACCAGAAUGCUUCAGGCAAGCCUCCAAUGUACAGGACAAAUGAAGAUCCAUACAGCUCGAAGACGUCGUAUGUUCCUGGCUAUUCUAAGAAUGGCUCUCAGUCAUCAGGGAAACUGAGCCGUCCGUUAUCAGGGAACGUGAUUCAUCAGUCCGCUGGGAAACCAAGCCGUCCUUUAUCUAGGAACAGAUCUAUCAGUGUAAUUGAUGGGUAUCGGGAUGAGGAUAAUGCAAUAAAGAACUUGAUGAUAUCACCAGUACCCACCAUGCUUGCACAGAAAACAACGGGACUGGGAUAUGACAAACAGAAUGUCCCUAAUGGAUACGACCAGCAGACAGCUGAUGCAGUUUACAAUCGGUACAGUCGCCAUGGUGCUACACCGUCACCACCGCCAACACUGCAGUUACCCAGAACACUCAGGAAACAGAACAGCAGAGACAAACUACCUCCUCUAGUUCGAGACAAUCCACCUGAGAGCUACUACAACAUGCUGAACAUGCAUCAGGAUUAUCAAGGAAGAGGCGGCCAUCUUAAAGUUUUACAGAAUACACCUAGUCCAAGUAUCCCACGUGAGCCACCGUCCCAGCCAGUGAUACCUACAGGAGUGUACCGAGGCUAUUCAGCCCCGCCUGUGGUGUACAAUCCUUACACAAAUGCAGACACAGCGUGGACAGUAUUCGGGGUUGUGCCCAAUCACAGAACUAUAGCAUCAAAACACAAUGCUCACAACAGGCUCUGGUGACAGCCCAUUAGAGUUUGAUGUGUUUGGUGCACCAGUUAGCAGCAAGGCUUUGUGAGUUUGUUCACAGGCGCUGGAUGCACAGCUAAGUAGGGUUAUGCCACAAAUUACUCAUUGAAGACAUCAUUAGGGCUCAAAUUAGCAGGGGUGGGCAUGAGGGUGGGGGUGUUUCUUUCUUUGUUAAAAAGAAGAAAAAUUACCAUGAUUUUAGUUUUUAAAAGUGCCUUCUCUGUCUUACUAGUUAUUUAAAGGAAGGUUGAGCUGGCAUGAAGGACAGAUUUGCUUAAAGUAUUCUGUCCCAUACAGUGCAAAACAAUAAAUAUUUUACAGCUGUUUUUUGAAGUCAUCAAUGAAAGAUUAAAAAAGAAUGCAUUGCAUGUGCUAUAGUCACAUAUUCACUUGACACUUUGUACUAAGCUGUACAGGUGCUGUUUGCCACAAGUAGUGUACAAUUAUAGCUUUAGACAUUGGGACCAAGACCUGUGCUUAUAAAACGUUUACAGUCUAGACUCGAAUCUGUGAUGAUGUCACAUGCAUGAAGUUUGUAUGUCAUUGUCAUGGCCUUGAAGUCUUGUGUCUAAGCUUUAACAGUUUUAUAAACACAGGUCACUAACAAACACACUGUGUUGUCAUUUGCUGUUACUUAAUGUCACUAGUUACGUUGGUUUCUUAUGUUACGUGUUUCUAACAGUCUUGGUAGCCAAGCUUCACCUACAUUCAUCGAUGUAGUGCAAUAUAUAACUUGUAGGUUUUCUUUGGUCUUUAAUGAUAAGCAAAAGGGUAUAGAAUUAAAGCUAUAAUAUUGCCACACCACACCAUGCUAUAUCAUUUACUUAAUAAGCAAAAUACAAACAUCAUUAGUUUUAGUAAACUCAAGUCUUUAUUGCUUUCAGCGUUUACCAUAAGUAGUCUUUAUACAAUAUAUCUCCGACCAGGUUUGUAAUGCAGUGAAAUCCCUCCAAACUGGACACCCACCGUACCAAGUAAACAGGCCAAUUUUAAAAGGUUUCUGGUUUAGCAAGAUUAUAUUCGGUACUGAUAUUUAAAAAGGGACUGUGGAAACAAUCUGGUUAUGAGGGGAAUUUCUGGUUUACAAAGGGACAAUUUUCAGAGACUUCUGGUUUACAGAGUCUGAUUUUAGGGAAUUCCGGUUUAUAGAGAGUCUGGUUUUUAGGGAAUUCUGGUUUACAGAGGGUCUGGUUUUGAAGGAAUUCCCGUUUACAGAGGGUCAUGUUUUGAGGGAAUUCCCAUUUACAGAGGGUCAUGUUUUGAGGGGUUUCACUGUAUUUUGGAACACAUGACAGCUGGAAAGUGCCCCAUUCCUGUGUGUUAAAGUGAAUACACUUAAUUAUGUGACCCAGAGUGACGAAUAUAGCCAAAGGAUAUGGAAACAAAAUGAUAUGCACUGGUAAGGAAAUUAAUGUGGAUGGUCUGUUUUGCUUAAACAGUAUAAAAUAUAUUUGAGAUUGAUGCUUUAAUGUUAUUGACUAAACAUCUGCUAACAUGAAAUUCUGUCCAAGUUUCAAGUUCGUCCAACAUUGAAGUGCCUUAAGAGACUGUCCUGAGUGUGCGGUCAUUGUGAGAUGUUUCUGACUAACAGAGCCUUUUGGUGACUAAAAUUACAUAUUAAAUACAUUUUCUUGUUUAGAAUACCAGUGUCUAUAUUUCCAAUGUGUUUGCGUUAUGUGCUAAUGUUUGUAUCAACCAAGGUUGAUUUUAUUCAUGAUUUUUGUUUUUCAUGUGUACGAAAUUAUUGGGAGAUAAAAUCUGGGUUGGGGUACUAUAAACAUUAGGUUGACAGCAAACACCUUGUUUAUAUAGCUACGGAUAUUCUAAACAGGAAGAUAUAUUAGUAUGUAAUAUUAGUCAUCAAAAAGGAUCUGUUAGUCGUAAACAUCUCACAAUGGCAGCAAACUCGGGACGGUCCCUUUAUAAUACAAUGUAGAUAUUAAAAGCCACUUUUCAAGCUAGUCUGUUUGAAUGAAUAAUUAUAAUUAUAUGUUUUGUUUUAGUCUGAAGUGAUACGUUCAUCCUUCAGAAUUGUUAUUUUGUGAUAUCACACUGUUAAUUAUGACAAUAAAUCACUUGAUUUUUUUACAUGACCACAUAGAUGUAUAUAUGUUGUAAUGUAAACGUAUGUUAUCAGAUAUUAGCAGCUCCAUGUUAACUAACCUGUGGAUUUACUAUUAUUAAUUAAUAUCAAUACUCAAUAAUGUAUUCACAUUUUAGCUACUUAUAUAUUCAUAAUGGAAUGUAGCUCUUUCUUUUUUCAGUGGUUUUACUGUAAUAUUUGGUUUUAAUAACAAUGAAUAGCAAAUCAUAAAAUGAUUCUAGUAAUUUCGAUUGUGCCAAUAUAAAUGUUAUGUGUGUACAGAGAACCUCUCUAAACCAGACACCAAUGGUACGACGUAAACAAUCUGGUUUAGAGAGGUUUUCUUCUGUACUCAUAAUAUUAAUAUUUUAAAGAUACAAUAUCUUCUGUUUUUGUUUCUCAAUUUAAUACAUCAGCAGAUGCAGUUUGUUAAAACUCAAAUAAUUGUAUUGUUAACAGAAUUUCAAUAUAAACAUAUCAAGAUAUCUUUGAUUUCAUUAUGUUUCCAAUUUUAAUACCUCAGCUAUUAAUGAACUAUUUUAUUGAAGUUUGAUGAGUACAGAUUGAAAAUGUUAUGUUUUAAACAUGUAAAAUUAGCUACUUUCUACAAGCACUUAAAGUAUAUUCACUUGGUCAUUUAUGAGCACCAUAAUAAAUUGUAAGCAAUUGCUUUUUUAUCAUUUAUUCUUUUAUUAUAAAUUCCAUUAUAUUCUUGCAAAACAAAAUUUAGAUAUAUUCAGAUGAAACUGUUAAUACAUGCUAUAUUUAUAUGACUUACAAGUGGAAUAAAUAUAAAAUAUAUGUGAUUCCUCAAACUUCGUUUAUUGAUAUAAACAAAAAUAGGAUGAACAUCUCGUUAAUCAAAAUAUGUAAACAGAUUCAUAUUACCUCAGAUCAUCAGGGGAAGGAAAUAUGGUUUUUCAUAAAAAUGGUCAUUAUAUACUACAGAUACAUACUGGGAGAAAUUCCAUUGUACUUUGUAAUUAGUUUGAGAAAUUGUAAUGUUUUUGUUUUUUCCUUCACAAAUUUAUAUGUAUAUUCUAGAGCAGUAUACUUUUUUAAUCUUUUAUUUUUAGUACUGGUAUGUAGUCACCUUACAUAAUCAAAACAAUAAAUUGCCAGCAGAAAAAUCAAAUUUUGAAAUAAAAUGAAUGGAAUAUUUGUUUAAUGACACCUCAUCAAAUUUUAAACUACAGCUAUGUAAUGUCUAAAAUUUGGUCAGUAAAAAGAGAAGAAAUCCAUAGAGGCUAGUCCUAAUGAUAAAGCAGGAACACAUUUUUAUAUGCAUUUUUCUACAAACAGGACAGUAAAUAUGUUUUUUGAUAUACCAAUGUGGGACUCUGGUUGGGAUUGGGGAAAGCCUAAGACCUCUGAGGACAAUAGAUCCGCUGACCUAUCAUAGCUCAGGUGAGCACUCUUCCACUAAGCUAAUUCCCACCCCUCAUAUUUAGAAUGUUAACAGAUUAUUGUAUAUCAACCGAUUGCCUGUUUCUGCUAACCACACUGGUGGCGCCUUGCUCAUGUGUGCAAGACUAAUGAGAUUUGUUUUUCUGCCAGCCGAGUAAUAAUUGUGCUGAUAUUGAUUCAGACAGAUAUAUCAUGGAUAAAUAAUGAAGAAGCAUCGAUUAUUCUUAACAGUACACUAUGUACAAAGCCAGCCACUUUGUAUUAUUGAGGAUAAUCAAUGCUUUCAAGUUAUUUACUUAACAUUAAUAAUAUGUGAUAGUUAAUGAUUUUCUCUUUGAAACGAGUACUAUCUCCCUAAGUACAAAAAUAGAGUAAAUAUGACACAUGGUCAAUGUGACAUGUUAACUAUAACACAUAGUAAGUUUGAAAUGUUAACUAUGACACUUGUAACUGGAAUAUUUUAAGUGUGACAUAUGCUGAUUGUGAGAUGAUAUGCUGACUGGUAAUUAUAACACACCCUUAAUGUGAUAUGUUAAGUGAGACAUGGUGAUUGUGAAAUGCUAAUUUUGAUGCAUCGUAAUUGUGACAUAUGUCAAUUGUGACACAUGACCAAGUAUUGGAGAAGAAAACCACUUGUGCCAGCAAUGAGUGAUAACUCCAUAAUUCACUCCCCUACCAUGUCUUUCAUACAUACCAUUUGUGAGACCUCAAUGGAAUGGAAUAAAAUAACUCGAGUUAUUGAUGAUGACCUGUUACAACUCGUACAAGUGUUCCCCACAAGACUGAUAUAUAAUUGCCUUGGUUUCAGAACAACGGAUCAGUGCUGGUUCACGUACAUAUCUCAGUAUAUCACUCAUUUAAAAUGGUUACUAUAUUCUCCUUGAUGACUUACUUAAUGAGAAUUAGUAGGUACUGCUAGUAUGUGAGUCGUGGAAUUGUUAAUGUAAACAUUUAAUUAAAGUAGAAUCUCGUUGGCUCGACCUCGGAAACGGUCGAACACACCGCAAUGCUCGAACCAAAAAUGAAGUCCCAAGUUUUUUGUUCGGCAAACCCUUAUAUUAACUGCUGAUGGGUCAAACAUGUCCAGAGUCGACUAUAAGCCUUCACUCGAAACUAAAUUAUCGGCCCCGUCUGUGUUAUGAGCUAUAUUUCCUUCGAACUGGUGAUCCAUCAAAUAUUAAAUGGGGAAACCACAGAAAAGGACGAACUAUUGCUGCGCUUACGCAGUUGGUUAUUACAACUUUGGGAUUAAUUAUUUAGGUGGAAUGAACUAUAGAUGAAUCGGGGAAUCACAACAAUAGCCAUGCAAUCCUUUCUUUAUGUUGUUUGUUAGGCGCCUAUCGGUAAUGAUCUUUCAAGUACAGCUAGUGUUAUGGUAACUGUUAGAUGAACCGUGAUACCAAUCAAACAAUUGGUGCACAAACGGGCCUUGGCAUAAAGCAUUACUUUGAACAUGUCUGCAAGAGCAGUUUGAAAUGAAACAAUGUUUGAGUUAAUCAGCUGUCAUCACUUCAGCAACCACAUAUUUAAUUAAUACUGUCAAGGGCUUCUGCAUCACAAAAUCGGCAUAAUUUCAAAUAAAUUCUUUCACUCAGAAAUGUUGCUAUAUAACACAUUGAUGAAAUUUUAAAGUUUGCAGUUACCAAAAAUAAUAUGUAUCAAAUUCAGCUUUCUGAUGUUACGGAAAUAUCCGAUGUUGAUCAAAUGGUUCGGUCGAACUACCCGAUGGGUCAAACACUUUCUCGAGCAUCGAUGGGGUUCCAGUCAACGCGUUUCAACUGUACUUAAAUUGUACCAUUGUUACGAUAGCUACAUACACAAUGUAUAUAUGACCAAGUUUGUUUUGUUACUCCGUGUAUCUAGCAACAAGAUGUCAGCAGUGUGGGUGGGAUGUUUGGCAGAAAUAGUUGUGAGUGGGGGGUGGUUGUGGAUGCAUUAUCGUUACUUGGGGGCCUAUGUGUAAUGUACUCAAUGUCUUAACAUAUGCAUAAUAAGUGUAUUCCUAUUAUUUUUUAAUGUUUUACUAUUACUACGAUGUCUUAAUAAAAUAAUAUAUUACAACUUU